CAACAAUCAGAAAACGGUUGUGUUGUGUUAAAACAGUUUAUUUAUACUUUCAAUUAAUUAAUCUUAAAUUUAAACUGUUCAAAGUAAUAAAAGCAGUAUUAUUUGAGUAAGCGCUAAAGGAUGGCAUCAGUUAUAAACUAUAGACUAUGCCAUCAAAACUGCUGUGAUGAGUGACACCGACGAUACCGAUAUUCUUUUGCUUAUCCCGCCGAAUUUCUUCCUUGUGCCAAGUUCGGGCUCCGAAGGAUCACUUCUAGAUUCCUCUAGAACUGUCGUGCACAAGCCGUCUUGCACUGCUCAAGUAUUGGGGAAACUCGUCAACCAAGUGCACUCUCUUGAAAAUAGGUUAGAAAGUUUAGAGUUAAGUACUAACGAGAGUAUUUCUAGUUUUGGAGGAAGACGUAAAAGUUGUGAGACGGAAAGCUUUGACAGCCGGAGUCUCGACCGUAAGUGCUUUACGUUCCCACGCAGGCGGCGACGAAAGGUAUUAAAUAAAAGGGAUAGAAAACGAGACUGGUCCCUUACAAGUUUAGACUCAAUUGGCACAACACAUAUACCACCAUUAAAAUUCAAAGAUUUUCCUGAUAAAUCUUCGGCAAAUGAUACAAUAAGUAUGGAUGGAGACAUAAGCAGUAUUGUAUCUACACCUAGCAAGAAGAAUGAUAAAUUACUAUUACAUGAAAUUGAUGAAUUUUUGACUAAAGUUGAGUCAUAUGAAAUACCUGAUUCUAAAAUAAAAAAUGAAACAUCUCUUAGCCCAGAGAAUGUUAUUAAAGCUACAGGUGAUUACAUGACAAGGAAGAUGGACCAGAAAAUGGGUGUUGAUGAUAUCAAACUUCCGAGUGGUAGAAUUGUAUCCAGUAACAUAUUAGAUAAAUAUAUAUACCUGGUUAAGAAUAACACUGAAACAAUUGACAAGCCAACAUCAAGCAAUGUUAGAUCACAGUAUGCUGCAGAGGCUAAUUUAAAAUCGGUAUUAGAAAGCCAGAACUGCAGGCCCUUGAAAAAUGAAACAAAAUCUCCUUCCAGCAGAAAAUUAAAUUUCAUGGAUUCUAAAGAAAUCCAAGUUACAUCAACUCCGAAGAAACCUCAACCUUACUCAGACACAUUCCGUCCUUCUAGUAAUAAAAUCUAUGAUAGAGCCUCAAAGGUGUUGGAGCAGUACAAGUCUAAAAACUUUGGAAGUAAUUCUCAAAAUUCCAUGGCAGAUACAAGUCACUCUCUGUCUCCUAAAAAAGAUGAGUUCAAGAUGCCACAAAUGAGACCUUUUCCAGAGGGUAAAGACGGUUUGAAACUAAGUGAGUUUCGCAACAAGUACAUUGACACUAUAGACACAGAUUUAUUGAGCUUAAGUGAGAUGUGGGGUGAAAAAAGGGACAAGGGGGACAGGAUGGAGAGUGCAAAGUUAGAAGAAGAAAAAUUGAAAAGAGAGCAUUGCGAAUCCAUAAUCCAGCAAUUACAAAAGAAACUACUGGAGCAACAAGAGAAGCUGGCAGUUGCUGUCAAAGUAGACCACAGUAAGGACGAGGCCAUAUCCAAGCUCCGGGAGGCUUGGCUGAAGCUCACUAGCAGCCUGGACCGGGCCGAGGAGCGCCACAAGGCUGCACUGGACAAGAUGAUGCGGGAGGUUGACAACUUUAGAGCUGUUGCUGAUGCAGCACAGAAGAAAACUAGCCAUUUUGAAUCCGAGCUGUACAAAGCCCUAGACUUAGCCCAUGAUUACCAAGACAAGUGCAAGCAACUCAACCUGGAAAUGAAGCAGGUCAGGGCCAGCACAGAGAGUGCGCUGGCCAGCAAAGACCAGCUUUUAGCCAGCAAGGACAAGGAAAUACAGGUCUUGAAGGAAAACUAUGAGACUGUCAUGCGAUUGAAUAAACAGUCAACAGAUUGUGUAAAGAACCUGGAGGAUGUGUUGGAAAAGGAAAAAGCGGACCACAACGAAUCAAAGCAAAAAAUAGACGAGCUGUCCCAACGGCUGCAGUCCAUCGACGAAGAAACGGCCCUCGUACAUCAGGAGAGGGACCUUCUGAGGACCAAGAUAAACGAGGAGCGCGGCCGCUGCACCGUCCUGGAGCGCCAACUGGCCGAUAAACAGGACCAAUGUAGCGACCUGCUUAAUAAAUGCGACAAUCUCGAUGCUGAAGUGAAGUGCCUGCGGAAACAGUUGGAACUCCAGAAAAACGAGCUGAAGUGUCACUACCAGAAGCAGUUAGAGGACGCCGUGCUGGCCAAGCUACAGGAGUUCCAGCAGCAGCUGGAACACGCCGAGCGGGACCUGGAGAAUGACGCAAGGGGCAAGGAAAGCGCCAUGUUGGACACAUUCAAUAGGCAGGUCGCGAGGAUUGAGGAGCAACACAAAUUGGAGAUUAAAGUUCUGGAAGAGAAACAAAAAGAAGAGAUAAAAUUGUAUCGACUACAGCUGGCGCAGGCCAGCGAAAAAAUCGGCUUAUUAGAGAGUAAGCUGGAGUCCCACCGGCGGCGGCGCGGGCAGAUCGCGACGCAGCUGCACGGCGUGAUGCAGCAGCAGUGGCGGCAGGCCGUGCGCAUCCUCACCAGCGGCCAGGAAAAGCUACAAACUAUAAAUAUUACAGCGUCGACGCCGGCGCCCGACUUCGCGGGGAAGGUCCCGCCGCUGUCGCUGCCGCCGCGCCGCGACCGCGAACCCCUCAACUUUGAUGGAAUCUCCGACCACGAGCUUCAACACUACGUUAAGUUGCUGCUGACGAAGCCUCCGGCGCUGGACAGCACGGAGCGCUCGGCGUCGCCGCUCGAGGAGCCCACGAGCGACCGGCCCGAGCGCCGCGCGCGCCGCAGCCUCAACCACAGCGGUCCCAAGCCGCCCUGGAAGGCCUGACACGAACCGAGACAAUCACGGUUUCAAUAUUAACUCUUUAACGGGCAGUGGGAACACGU